UUGUUUUUUGGUGGGAUUGAUUAAACAACCUUCCAAUCAAUCUUGGUUGUUUGGUACAAAUCCAGGGUUGAAUAUCUCUUAUUUAAAUAGACAAUAUUGGCCAUUUAAGUUCAGAUUAAAUAUAUGAUCUUAAAAUGAAUAGUGAAGGUUAAUCAACAAUCUCUACUUAAGUAGGCCAACUGAAAUUGGGCCUAAUUUCCGAAACAGCCCGGAAAGAAUAUGGAACAAAGCUAAUAUUAAAUGUUUCGAUUGGAAACGUGUAAUAAAUCUGUUCAAUUGUAAAAUAAUGGAUUAUAAUAACAAUUGAUAAAGAAAAUGCUGCGGCUUACGGAAUGCGCCACCUUUGUUCACUACAUCGUGAGCAGAACUAACACAUCUGACGCGUGCGGGAACAGACUAAUAUUGAAUAAAAGGAAUAACGCCAAGGGUAAAUAGACGUCCCAACACAGGGUGGUUAAGCGGAAGUUGAGGAAUGACGAACAAUAUGUUAAGGGUAGUUAAGAAAAUGUCUCCUCUGAAAUGUUUUUCCUCACGGCUUUUGUGAAAAUUAUAUUGAAUAGAUGCAGUAGAAAAAAUAUAUAAAAUGUUUUUAAUUACUGGCUAUGAGUGUGAAAGAUAUUGAAAUAACGUAAUAUUUUAUUUUAACAAAUUGUGUAACGAGAAAGUGAAAAGUGUAUGAAAAUAAUGAAAAGUUUGGGGUAACAGUUUGGUCGCUAGUUAAGAAGCUAAACAUAAAGCCGAAUCAAAUACCUUACGCACUAUUAUACAUAAUUGCUUUUGGGAGAGAUAUCAAUUUUAUAUAAGAAAAUUAUGAGACGCCAGACGUCAUUGCGAAAAAACACAAUCGAUAAAACACUGGGGCUAACUAUCCACUAGUUGAUGGAUACGGAAAAACAGUUUAUCUUCAAUCAAUGACAAAUAGUUUCUAGGAGAGAAAACAUGAUUUUGCUCCCUACUAUUUUAAUGUUUAAUAUCAUCCGUAUGCCGGGGCCAGUUACAGCUCGCUUCUGUGAAGGAGGCCAUUAUUGUUCGUUGCCAAGGGAAUGUUGUACUCAAGGAUGUUGUCCACCAUACCAAAGUGGGCCACGACAACUACCACCGCCGUCCGAACACGUAUUGAAUUUAUUUUUCAUCAGCCACUGGUUUUUUUGGUGCGUGGUAGUUGCGGUCAUUUUAGCAAUUCUUUGUGCGUAUUCCUUAUGGAAAAAACGUCGUACACUUUGUGGCUGGGGAUUCACGGAGCAUCAGACUCAAUCCGAGGGUGACUCGGCGGGUUCCUGCUAUGCACCCCCACAAUAUAGUCGUUGUAAUUCGUUCCAUCAUCCGCCGCCUCCGUACACCGAGGUCACAUCAAAGCCAGAUCUCUAUCCACUCGUCUUCACGUGCAACAGUGACAACGUUAAAACCGGUUCCAGUUACCUAAUGGUACAAUAUUUUCGCAACUAUAUCGUUCGUCCUGUUGGGUCGCUUUCUGCAGCAAGCACAGUCGAUUCGCUUAGUUCCAGCUUCAUUUGUAAUAUCAAUGAAGCUAACACGCUUGUGCCGCCACCAUAUUCUCGGGCAGCCAGUCCGGAAGCAGAGUUAAGUUCGCAUUUGCAGCAACAGUUUAUGAUUCCUAGAUCAGCAUCACAAUUAAUGUACGCAAGUGGAGGUAAUAGACACUCCAACAACCUUGAAGCUCACGAAAUAAGUAGUGGUGUUAUUGCUCAGAAACUACAUCAAGAUCACCAUAGUAAAGUAACAAACUUUACUGUAGUGGCACUCAAUGGGUCAGCAGUUGGAAAUCAGAACGACAUUGAACUGGGAAAGCUUACAAACUAUAAUACGGUCUUACAAACAUCGGUUGGUGAAUAUUUUAAUUCCAAUGAAGUUUCUGAUGACAACAGUCAGAAUCGAAAACUUAAUCAAAAUUAUAAUCGUGAUAGCAAUGAAAGUAGUGGAAGCAACCGCAGCAGUGGAUGUGCUAGCAAUUUUAGCUCUGGUUGUAUUCCAAAAGGUUUUAUACAGUCCCAAAGCGAUCAACAAUUUCAUUUUAUUAAUAAUAGCAAUAGCAGUAUCAGUGAUAUUUUUCUAAAUAACUGCUCCAUAGCCGCAUUCGCAAAUACUCCUAACGAAAACGGUUGUAAUUUAAUAGGUAUAAACAAUUCUGAAGAGAACGGAAAAUUCAGCCCGUCGGAGUCGGCUGAUCCCGCUACAACGCUUCCUAUGCACACUCAAUUUAACAAUCAUGCUGCGUCAGCAAUUUUUAGUAAUAGCCACAUUAAAUCUAAAUCCUUGCACCGCACUGCUACGAGUCCCACGCCACUUGUAUUCGACUCAAGUAUUAUAAAUCCGACUUACAAAUCAUGUGAUUCCGUUGCUGAUAUUCUCUUUACCGCUCCUGGAAAUACAGAUAACUUAUCAGAUUCAGAAGUGAAAGACCUACAUUUGUUGCGGCAAAGUCUGGAAACAUGUUGUAAUGUCUUACAACAGCAACAUCAGUUGAAGCAAAGACCACAUGCUGAGAUAAAUAAAACAGAGUCUUCGUCAUCCAGACUAAAUGAGUUGAUUGAAAGGUAUGCAGCGGACGACUUGGGUAUGAGUAACUAUACGGGAUCCGUUAAUUGUUCUGCUGUGAGUAGUUUGGUAAAUAUUUGCUUACCCAGUUCUCCACCACAAGCCACAAGCCCAACUGGGGAAGUAAGGGAGAUUCUCGAUCAAAUACGUCAGUUACAGGACAGUAUAAGUCAUGAAGAUGUGUUGCUGCAUAUGAAACCUGCACUACGUCAGACCUUAUCUUCCCCAAAGAGCAUUUCCGUAGUCAUAGGGAAGGAUUCGAGUGCAAAUACACAGCCAAAAAAAAUCUGCGGUUCCGUUACGUGCUGUGAAAUUCAGCCUAGCCCAACUGUCAAGUCGCCAACUAAUCCAACAUUUUCUAAGACCACUGUUCGUUUGACAUCUCCUUCUUCAGACAAGAGCAUAGUUAAGGUAAUAACAACAACAGCGCAAGAUAGUUUAAGUUCGAAUGAUACUGAUAAUUUAUUGAAACGACCUGUGACAUUGCAACACAAAAGAAAACUCUUUACCCCAAAACCAAAUAAGGCUCUUUACAUUCCCAUGACGCCAAAUAUUACAUCGACACCUGCUAACAAAUAUAUAUUGAAAAGUCCUCUUAGCAGUGCAGUGGGGACAAAUUUUUUCUCUAGCAGAGGAGGUCGAGUGCGAAAAAUUUGGGUAUCACGUUCAGCACCUACAACACCAGGCACCACUUUACCGCCUAAUCGAUUAAGCGAUGAUAGCCCGUUACUUACAGAAUACGAUGAAGAUGGAGAUAUUGUUCAAGGAGAAUAGUGAGUUUAAGAGAUUAGGUAAAUGUUAAACCUAUGUUUUUAAAAGUUAUGAGUGCCCUAAGUACAAAGUUGUAAGUCGCAAUUUUUUUCUCUCGCUAUUAUCACCGAAACGAUACCGCACACGAUCUUCUAAAGUGUAUUAAUUCAAACAACACAACAGAAAACAAACUAUGUAUUUAUGACCUUAUGUUAACCAUUUACAUAUGUAUGUAUGUAUAGAAUAGAUAUUAUGAUCUGUGAUCAUUUUAGUGCAUAAAAUCAAAACUGAGUUAAUAACAUUUGAAUAAGAAGAGAUGCUUUUUCAUAUAAAGAAAAAACAAUCUCGAUCUCGAUGUCACCCGUCAGAAAUAUUCUAAUAAAUAACCAAAAAACUACUUGAAAUACAAAGUUUUAGUUUUACAAGUAACAGCAAUCGACAUUAUUAUUUCUUAAAUCAAUUAAUGUUUGUCAGAUAGUUUGUUCGACUUUGGCAGGUUCUUCAUGGUGGCUUAAAAAAAAAACUCUUUCUACCGAUGCGGAUGAAGGCGGUUGUGUAUUAUAUUUUCUUACUAUUGCUUUGAUU